AUGGCAAAGAAACUCAGUGUAUUGGAAAUCCUUCUGAUCAUCUUCAUCCUAAUUGUAUUGGCUGUAGAUAUCCUCUUGCUGCUUCUUGUGUUGGAGAAACCCUCAGAUUCUUCAUUUAUUCCAGAGUGCCCAGAGAUUCCUCAGUCAGAAAGGAUAGACUGCACACCUGGCCAGGUGGUGACAGAGGAAAUCUGCAGAUGGCAACAUAAAUGCUGCUGGAAGCCUGAUGCAGACACCAAUGUUCCUAGGUGCUUCUUCCCCAGGAACUGGGGUUAUGAAGUCCACAGUGGCCCUACAAAUACAAGCACAGGGUUUACUGCCCAGUUGAAAAAGUUGCCAUCCCCAUCUCUGUUUGGAAAUGAUGUCACUGAUACCCUCUUCACAGCUGAUUAUCAGACAUCCAAUCGCUUUCAUUUUAAGAUCACUGAUUUUAAUGCACUGCGCUAUGAAGUCCCUGAUGAAAUCAUGGAUCUGGCUCAAGAUACUGAUACUGCUUAUAAAUCCAAUGGGAGCUAUCACGUAGAAGUCACUCAUAAGCCCUUUAGCAUCAGAAUAAUGCGGAAAAGCAACAAUAGAGUCUUGUUGGACACAAGCAUUGGGCCCCUCCAGUUUGCCCAACAGUUCCUGCAGUUGUCUUUCCGACUGCCCAGCACCAAUGUGUAUGGGCUGGGAGAACACGUGCACGGGCAGUACAGACACAACACGGACUGGAAGACCUGGCCCAUCUUCACCAGGGACGCUAUCCCCACUGCGGGCAUGAUUAACUUGUAUGGAGCACAUACAUUUUUCUUGUGCCUUGAAGAUACCAGUGGGUCAUCUUUUGGAGUUUUUCUGAUGAAUAGUAAUGCCAUGGAGGUUGCCCUUCAGCCUGCUCCUGCGAUCACUUACCGCACGAUUGGGGGCAUUCUUGACUUUUAUGUGUUCCUGGGGAACACUCCAGAGGAAGUGGUUCAGGAAUAUCUGAAGCUUGUUGGACGACCAUUUUUACCUGCCUACUGGAGUCUUGGGUUCCAGCUUAGUCGCAGAGAUUAUGGUGGCAUUAAUGGAUUGAGAGAAGUUGUAACCCGAACUCGUGAAGCUGAGAUCCCAUAUGAUGUGCAAUAUUCAGACAUAGACUACAUGGAUAGAAAGAAGGAUUUCACUAUUGAUGAACAGGCUUACUCUGAGCUCUCAGAUUUUGUUCAGGACUUACACAACUAUGGACAGAAAUAUAUCAUUAUUACGAAUCCUGGCAUCUUCAAAGACACUAACUAUACCGCUUUUACCAGUGGAAGCAUGGAGAGAAUAUGGAUCUUGGAGAGCAGUGGCUUUGCUGUUGGGGAGGGAUAUCCGGGGGAGUCAGUCUUUCCUGACUUUAGCAACCCAAAGUGUACUGAUUGGUGGAAGGAGCAGUUUGCUGAAUUUCAUGAACGUCUGAAGUUUGAUGGAGUAUGGAUUGAAAUGGAUGAAUUAUCCAUCUUGCUCCAAGGUUCUGAUCAUAAGUGUGAAUCAAACUACUUGAACUUUCCUCCUUUUAUGCCUAAUACAAGCAUCUGCAUACCUAAUGACCUUUUCUCUUUGGAUGUCUUACGGGCCAUGGAGAAAAUCUUCCAUGAUAAAAGGAACUUUAUCUUAUCUCGUUCUACUUUUGCUGGAUCUGGCAAAUUUGCUGCUCAUUGGCUGGGGGACAAUGAGGCCACAUGGGAUGACCUCCGAUGGUCCAUUCCCAGUAUCCUUGAGUUCAACCUGUUUGGCAUUCCUAUGGUAGGUGCCAACAUCUGUGGCUAUGCAAAAAAUGUCACAGAGGAGCUCUGCAGAAGAUGGAUGCAACUUGGAGCAUUUUAUCCACUAUCAAGGAAUCACAAUGGGCCUGGGUAUAGGGAUCAGGAUCCUGCUGCCUUUGGUUUUGACUCUCUGCUGUUGAAUUCCUCCAGACAUUAUCUGAACAUCCGCUAUACCCUACUGCCCUACCUCUACACCCUCUUCUACCGAGCCCACACUCUGGGGGAGACGGUAGCAAGGCCCCUGGUUCAUGAGUUCUACCAGGACCCAGCCACAUGGGAAGUGCACGAGCAGUUCUUAUGGGGGCCUGGACUCCUCAUCACACCUGUUUUAUAUGAAGGUGUGGACCAAGUGACAGCAUACAUCCCAGAUGCCAUCUGGUAUGACUAUGAGACAGGAAUAGCCAUUGAAUGGAGGAAACAAUUUGUGGAUUUGUUACUUCCUGGCGAUAGGAUAGGGCUUCACCUUCGAGGCGGGUACAUAUUUCCCAUCCAGCAGCCAAACACAACCACAGAGACCAGCCGGAAGAAUUCCCUGGGACUCAUUGUCGCCUUGGACUAUAAGAGAGAAGCAAAGGGAGAGUUGUACUGGGACGAUGGUGUGUCUAAAGCUGCUGAAACUAACAAGACUUACAUUCUGUAUGAUUUCUCAGUUACUGCUAACCGUUUGCAGGCAAAAAUUACAAAUGAUAGCUAUAUGGAUCCUGACCACCUCCUGUUUACGGAUAUCACAAUCUUGGGGAUGGACAAGGAGCCAUCUAACUUCAUUGUCACAUCUAAUAAUGCUACCACUUCCAUUUCAAGUGUCGUCUACAGAGCCUCAACAAAGGUGGUGACCAUAACUGAUCUCAAGGGACUGGUACUAGGACAAGAAUUCUCUAUUGAGUGGAAUCUAGUGGUUAGUGACCUGGAGAAGUUCAAUUGCUACCCUGAGGAUCCUACUGCCACUGAGGAGAGUUGCAGGCAGCGGGGCUGCCUUUGGGAGCUUACAGCUACACCUGGUGUGCCCACCUGCUACUAUGACACUAUUGCCUCCUAUGCUGCCAGUAACAUUCAGUACCUGCCCAUGGGCAUCACAACGGACCUUGCCCUUCUGGCGGCCCCGACAUCUGUACGAGCAGCAGCUCCAUUGUCGUCACCAGCAGCAUCCACUGUUGUCUCUGAUCUUCUUUCUGGAAAGAUUAGCAACCUCAAACUGAGUGUGAUCUACCACACAGAGACCAUGCUGCAGGUCAAGAUCUAUGAUCCCAUUAAUAAAAGGUAUGAGGUUCCAGUACCUCUGAACAUGCCUUCUUUACCAGUUGGCACCUCUGAAAACUGCCUGUAUGAUGUCAAGAUUCAGACUAAUCCUUUUGGCAUCAAGAUCCAACGCAAAAGCUCCCACACUGUGAUCUGGGAUUCUCAGCUCCCUGGUUUCACCUUCGACGACAUGUUCCUUUCCAUUUCUACUCGCCUCCCCUCUCAAUACAUCUAUGGUUUUGGGGAAACUGAGCAUACAACUUUCAGAAGAAACAUGAGCUGGAACAUGUGGGGAAUGUUUGCUCGUGAUGAGCCACCAGCGUACAAGAAGAAUUCCUAUGGCGUUCAUCCCUACUAUAUGGCAUUGGAAGAGGAUGGCAGUGCCCAUGGGGUUCUUCUGCUGAACAGUAAUGCUAUGGAUGUGACACUUCAGCCCACUCCUGCUCUGACAUACCGCACUGUAGGAGGGAUUUUGGACUUUUAUAUGUUUUUGGGACCAACUCCUGAACUUGUAACUCAGCAAUACACUGAGUUGAUUGGUCGGCCAGCAAUGACUCCAUACUGGGCCUUGGGAUUCCAGCUGAGUCGAUAUGGAUACCAGAAUGAUAAUGAAAUCUCCAGUUUGUAUGAUGAAAUGGUGGCAGCCCGUAUUCCCUAUGAUGUGCAACAUGUAGACAUCGAUUACAUGAACCGGAAGCUGGACUUCACUCUCAGCUCUAGCUUUCAAAACCUCAGUCUCCUGAUUGAAGAAAUGAAGAAAAAUGGCAUGAGAUUUAUUCUCAGUCUGGACCCGGCCAUUUCUGGCAAUGAGACACACUAUCUCCCAUUCGCUAGAGGACAGGAAAACAAUGUGUUCAUCAAAUGGCCUGACACCAACGAUAUUGUCUGGGGAAAGGUUUGGUCAGAGCUGCCCAAUGUGAAUGUGGAUGAAUCUCUUGACCAGGAGACUCAGCUUAAGCUGUACAGGGCCCACGUGGCUUUUCCUGACUUCUUACGUAAUAGCACAGCUGUCUGGUGGAAGAAAGAGAUAGAAGAGCUACAUUCAAACCCUCGGGAGCCAGAGAAGAGCUUGAAGUUUGAUGGACUAUGGAUUGAUAUGAAUGAACCGUCAAACUUUGUGGAUGGAUCUGUUGAGGGUUGCCGAAAUGAAAUUCUUAAUAACCCAGCCUAUAUGCCAUACUUGGAAUCUAGAGGCAAAGGCCUCAGCAGCAAGACCCUGUGCAUGGAGAGUGAGCAGAUCCUGCCAGAUGGCUCCCUGGUGCAGCACUAUGAUGUGCACAGCCUGUACGGGUGGUCCCAGACCAGAGUCACCUACAAAGCCAUGCAGGAGGUGACAGGACAGCGAGGGAUCAUCAUUACCCGCUCCACAUUCCCCUCUUCUGGACGCUGGGGAGGACACUGGCUGGGAGACAACACAGCUGCGUGGGACCAGCUAGGGAAAUCUAUCAUUGGCAUGAUGGAGUUCAGUCUCUUUGGAAUAUCUUAUACAGGAGCAGAUAUCUGUGGGUUCUUUGGAAAUGCUGAGUAUGAGAUGUGUGCUCGCUGGAUGCAACUGGGGGCAUUUUAUCCAUUUUCCAGGAACCACAACAACAUUGGGACAAGGAGACAAGAUCCUGUGGCCUGGAAUUCAACCUUUGAGAUGUACUCAAGAAAAGCCCUGCAGACCAGAUACACCCUUCUGCCUUAUUUCUACACGCUGAUGCACAAAGCCCAUGCUGAAGGCAGCACUGUGGUCCGACCUCUUUUCCAUGAGUUUACAGAUGACAAUACAACGUGGGAUAUAGACCGCCAGUUCAUGUUGGGCCCUGCCAUCUUGAUCAGCCCUGUGCUGGAAAGUAACACCUUUGAGAUCAGUGCUUACUUCCCCAGAGGCUGGUGGUAUGACUGUAGCACAGAGUCUGGCCAAAAAUCAACAGGCAUGUGGAAAACCCUGAAGGCUCCUCUUGACCACAUCAACCUUCAUAUUAGAGGGGGUCAUAUCCUGCCCUGGCAACAACCUGCAAUCAAUACUUACUUCAGCCGACAAAAUUUUAUGGGAUUGACUGUUGCUUUGGAUGACAAUGGGAAGGCCGAAGGUCAGAUGUUCUGGGAUGAUGGACAAAGUAUCGAUACCUAUGAAAAUGAAAAUUAUUUUUUGGCUAACUUUAUAGCAGCUCAGAACAUCUUGCAAAUACAGGUCAUACACAAUAAGUAUUUGAGUCACUCAAAUCCACUGAAAGUUGGAUAUAUUAGAAUCUGGGGCAUGAACUCUUCUUAUGUGACACAAGUCUGUUUCACCUAUGACAAUCAGCAAUUCAUGGAGACCAAUUUCAAAAGUGACCCUUAUAAUCAGAUACUAACUAUUGAAUUGACUAACAAGAAUAUCAGCCUGGAAAGAUUAAGUGAGAUUAGUUGGGUUUAUGGUGAUCCUCCAGUUCCCACUUCAACUAUAGCAACUAACUAUCCCACAAAUUCUCCAUAUACUACUGAGGCUACUAGUGCUUAUACUAUUAUUAGCUCUGCCAGUACAAAUACUACUACCAACACUAAUACUACCCUUCUUGUCACAACCUCUCAUUAUGCAACACACACUACUGAUGUCACACCCACUGGGACUAUUCCUGAUGACACCACUCCUUUCUUUACAAAUACUACUACCAACACUAGUACUACUGUUCCUGUCACAACACCUCAUUAUGCAACACACACUACUGAUGUCACACCCACUGGGACUAUUCCUGAUGACACCACUCCUUUCUUUACAAAUACUAGUACCAACACUAAUACUACCAUUCCUGUCACAACACCUCAUUAUGCAACACACACUACUGAUGUCACACCCACUGGGACUAUUCCUGAUGACACCACUCCUUUCUUUACAAAUACUACUACCAACACUAAUACUACCCUUCUUGUCACAACCCCUCAGUAUGCAACACACACUACUGAUGUCACACCCACUGGGACUAUUCCUGAUGACACCACUCCUUUCUUUACAAAUACUACUACCAACACUAGUACUACUGUUCCUGUCACAACCCCUCAUUAUGCAACACACAUGACUGAUGUCACACCCACCAGGACUAUUCUUGAUUACACCACUCCUUUCUUUACAAAUGCUACUACCAACACUAGUACUACUGUUCCUGUCACAACACCUCAUUAUGCAACACACACUACUGAUGUCACACCCACUGGGACUAUUCCUGAUGACACCACUCCUUUCUUUACAAAUACUACUAUCAACACUAGUACUACUGUUCCUGUCACAACCCCUCAUUAUGCAACACACAUGACUGAUGUCACACCCACCGGGACUAUUCUUGAUUACACCACUCCUUUCUUUACAAAUACUACUACCAAUACUAGUACUACCCUUACUUAAUGUUGAUGUAGUACUGCUUUUCCCAAUGUAACAAUUCCUUCCAGUACAAAUACUACUAAUACCAGCAGUAGGACUAAUAAUUCUUUUGUAUCCCCUCCCUCUCAUAUAACUACUGAUGAUACUAACCCUGAUAAUACUCUUGCAAAUACAACUACUGUUACAAAGACCAAUGCUGCUUCUACUAGCAAUAGUUUUUCUGUUAUGAUUACUUCUUUCUCUGAAAAUACUGAUGCUAUGGACACUACUGUUGUUAUGGUAGUUACUUCUCCUAUAAGUACUGAUUAAUAAGUUAUUAAAAUUAGAAAUGAUUCUUCUAUUACAAAUCUGCUGUCCCCUACAACAUCUCGUGGUGACAGUACUAGUAAUACUAUUCCUUCUACAAAUACUUUUUUUGAUAAUAUUGCUCCUAUAGUGACUUCUUCUCCUUCUUCAAAUACUGAUUCCUUUCAUACAAGUCAUACUGUUCCUGUCAUGGCAACUGAUCACUGUACUCCUCUCAUAACUCCUAUUUGCUUCACUUCUAUUAUCAACUCUACUACUAUUUUCAGCAUGCUUCCAGCAAAUAAUAUGUCCACUACUGAUAUAGUUCCUAAUUUUACAACCUCCACUAUAAAUAUCACUAAUUUAAACACACUGGAUACAAAAAGUACAACAAUAUUAGAGGCCACCACUGUUACUACCAGCAUCAAAGACAUUACCAUGAGCCCAGAUAUAACAACUUUCACAGACAAGUUCACUACAUACACCAAAUCUACUGCCACAGAGCUUACAAGCACUUUCUCACCAGAAGGAACAACUACUUCCUCCAUCAAUGCCACUAAUACUAUGAUGCUAACUUCUGCAAAUAACUCCAGAUGCACAGGUAACAGCAUACACAUUUUUAUUCCAGAUGCCACAACAACCUCAGACACAGUAACAGCUGCUGUUCUAGAUAUGGAAAAUCACCAUCUGGUCAUAUCAAAUUCUACAGUCAGUUAUUUACCUAUUCUUGAAACUAGUGCUACACAGAUCUAA